AUGCCAGUUAGGAAUUGUAACACAAGCCUCACCGGAAUCAAGAGUGUAAAGAGUGCCUUUUUCUCCAAAUUCUGUGAGCUUCUGCUGAGAAGAUCUUUCCAUGGGGAGUCUGGUUUAACGGCGGCUGGAACAUUCGCUAGGAUGCGCAAAUCAGGUACCGCCGCCGUUGAUAGUGGGGCUGUAGCUGAGAUCUCAGAAUUAGGGUUUACUGUUCCUGUUAUGGUGGUUCCUUCCGAGGCAAUGAGGAUGGGAGCUGAGGAUUUUGUGCUAGCCAAGUCUGUCGGGGUCCUAGAUAACGUUGUGGCAGAAGAAGCAGGAGAGCCACCAGCUGCGACGGGGGUCACAGGCCGUGAGCUUUUCUCGGAGGAAUUGUUGCUAGAGCUUGGGGAUCCAGUGGGAAUUUCCCGAGGAGGUCGUCAAAAGAUAGAGAUGAAAAAAAUAAAAAACGAGAGCAACCUUCAGGUGACUUUCUCCAAAAGAAGGUUUGGUCUCUUCAAGAAAGCCAGUGAGCUUUGCACAUUGUGUGGUGCAGAGAUUUUGAUGAUUGUGUUCUCUCCCGGUGGGAAAGCGUUUUCUUUUGGCCAUCCUAGUGUUAGAGAACUAAUUCAUCGUUUUCUAAACGUUAACCACAAUUCGCUCAUUCCUCACCAAACAAACUACAAUCUACAGCUUGUUGAAUCUCGUCCGGAUAGAAAUAUACAAUAUCUCAACGAGAUGCUCACGCAGGUGCUGGCCAGACAGAAGAAGGCGAAACAUAAUAGAAUGACAUUGGACAUGGUGAGACAAUCCAGAGAAGAAAGAGGAAAAAGUUGGUAUGAAAAAGAUGUGAAAGAACUCGACCUGAAUGAAACCGACAAUCUGAUAUGUGCUCUUCAAGAUGUGAAGAAGACGUUUGUAAGUGAGAUGUCUGAUUAUCCUCAAUUGAAUGUUUCUCAUCAGAGUUACAUGGGAGAAAGUUUUGUCUUUGGUGGUGGUCGUAAUGUUGAUGAAAUAUAG